AUGGCUUCCCGACGGCCAGGCUUCCCCCGCGGAGGGAGCAUUCGGGCUCUAAUUCGACCUCAAAAGCAGCAGGGCGCAUCGAUAUGUCCCUUCUGCUCCGUCGCCCCGACCGGCCGCGCACGCUCAAGAUCCCGCCGCGACGACAUAUCCCGACGAUUCCAGUCGACAACUGCAAGUUCGGCCAACGCACGCGAAGAGCUUGAGAAGGCUUUACUAGAUCUCCAGAAGCAUGCGCCGGCCUUUGUAAACCUCUCGAGGCUUCAAUUGGCCCUCCAGGGUCUGCGACAGACACCCGGCCGGGAAUCCGUGAGGGUCGCGAUUUUGGGACUCGCGAAUAGCUCAGAUGCUGCAGUGACGGCAAAAAAAGUCUUGAGGGUUCUAUUGGCAGAUCCCCUUAAGGACGAAGAGGAGUGGGAGCGGAAAUUGAAAGAUCAUGACCCAAGGAACCCGCUCAUUAUCCGCGUUGGGCCGGCUCCCAAGCAAGAGGGUGGCUUGACCAUCUCCAAGACGAAACUUUUGAGCGAGAUCCAGGUCUCGUCUGUCGAGUGGAAUGGCCUCAACCUGGAGCUCCUGUUCAUGCAAGUUCACGCACCGACGGCGUAUGCGGGAGACACAUCUGUCCAGGGCAUAGAGGACGCACUACUUGUCCCAACAGUCAAUAUCCCCUCAGCCGAAAAUCGGGUCACACCCGUGACAACGCCGGUCCACAAAUCGCUCCUAGUUGCCGAUGGCCUUAUGGGAGCAGUGAACCUUACGCCAUUGUCGGUUUUAAAAGGAAAGGAGUCUAUUCUGACGGCCGUUGACCUGAAGGGUGUGAAUACGGAGCAGCUUGAGGCUGCCUUUGAAGUCUUUGAUGUCUCACUCGCCGACAAGGGUGUUAGUCUUUUCCGCCAAGGCCCUCAAAACGCCAUGGAAUACAAUCAUCUUUGGUCUGAAAGCAACCUACCUGCCCUCACCACGUGGCUCAAGUCUGGCCUCACUACCUCGGACGACGCCACUAAACCCGUGGUGCGACAACUUGUUACCUCUCUCCUCCAGAAUACACUGGCAACAAUUCAGGCCGAGCAGUCCGGAAAACUAUCCAAGACACUGAAUUCGUCCACUUCCUCGCCUGUGGUUUCCAAAGGUCUCAAUGAGGGCCUCGCGGCGUGGGCACAGAAGGCACAUGCGGAGCUCCAAGACGAGCUUGAUCUAGCAUUCACAGGUCACCGAUGGCGUAAACUGGGCUGGUGGCAGUUGUUCUGGAGAGUUGACGAUGUUGCGAUGCUCACCAACGACAUGCUCAGCCAGCGAUUCCUACCUACUGCUGAGCAAGAGCUCGUCUACUUGACGGGUCAAAUCGCGGAGUUUGCUCAGGCAUCUCCAAAGUACCCUCAACCCGUAUCUGAGAGUGAUGCACCGAAGCAGCUGGGCUCCGGAGUGCUGACUCCCAUGGUUUCUGUUAUCCCCACAUCCGCGCUCCCUAAAUGGCCUGGCCACAUCGCUUUCACCCGCCGAUACCUCCAGAAUGAGACCAUCCCUGCUCUCCAGGCUCUGGCUCAGAGGCUUGUCUUGCAGUCUCUGGGAACUUCCGGUAUAACCACAUCCCUAGCUGGAUUGCUCUAUGUAUCCUCGUUCUCAUCCACUAUCUUCGAGGCCGGUGCUGUGGCAGCACUCGGAAUCAUGUGGAGUCUGAGCCGGUUACAGAAGAAGUGGGAGAGUGCCCGUGGGUUCUGGGAGGGUGAAGUUCGUGAAGAAGGCCGCAAAGCCGUGAGGGGUGCCGAAGAGAGCGUGGCAGAGGUGCUGGACGGUGGCAAGCCAGUCAAGGCGUCGGUUGAGGGAACCGAGCAGUUCGAUAAGGUGCGAAAAAUGGUGGCUACGGCAGAGGAUGCGCUGUCCCGCAUGAAGUAG